AUGCAGGCGAGCCGGACGGCCUUUCCCGAUGCGCCUGAGGCGCUGAUCGAGUCAUCCUUCCGGCGCCUCCUCGCAUCGUUGGACCAAGAACGGGAGCAGAUUCGGGGUUCCUGGGCACGCCUCUCCGAGGAGCGAGAUCAGACAACUGAGGAGCUUGAGAAGCUCCGGCAGGACACGGAAGAAUGGUGCUACCGGGAGAAGCUGAAGAUUGAUGCCGAAUGGCAGCGUCUCAACAAGCUCAGUGAGGACAUGUCAAAGAUGUGGACGGAGACAGAGGUCAUCCAGAUCAAUUGCUCUGGCCAAGUCUUCACAAUCCCGAAGCAGACCAUGUGUGGUAUUCCUGGCAGCGUUCUCGCCGAGAUGUUCAGCGACACCUUUAUCCACGAAAUCCCGCGCGAUGAGGAAGGCCGCUUCUUCCUGGACUUCAAUCCCCAGUGCUUCAGUGUCGUUGUCGAGUAUCUCCGAAACCGGCGCCUGCGUGUAGAUGCACCUUUACCAGUGGUGCCAGUGGUGCAGCGGCGGAACAUGGAGCUCUUGGCUGAGGCGUGGAAGCUGUGGCCUUUCCUGAAGCCAAAUCGCAUGAACCCGCUGCACGGAACAUCCCUUCACAUCGCCACACGGCCCGCGGCGGAUCAGCCACCGGACGGCCAGGAGCCGGCCACGGUGGAGGUGGUCCGAGCAACACACCCGGGCUGGCAGGUGAUCGGUGCUGAGCAUCCGCUUCCGGUCUCGAGUGCCUCCUACUUCGAGGUGACGGUCCUGUCAAACCCGGAUGCACGGGGUGGGUUGGCCGUGGGCCUUUGCAACCACCUUCCGCAAGGCCCCGAGACCCACUCCAUCAGGCUGCAGUGCUGUGUUCUUUACAACAGCAACAACGGCCUGCUUGGCGAUGCGCUGGGCGACCACGACGUGCAGCCUGGGCUCCAGCUCAGCGAGGGCGAGCGGAUCGGUGUCCGCCACGACGUGAUCUCAAAGUCGCUGCAGUGGUUUCACAACGGCACGUGCAUUGGUGCUUCCUCAUUCCUGCCCGAGACGUUGGAGCAUUGGGAGUCCAUCUACCCGGUCUUCGGGUUGUAUGUGCCUGGUCAGGCGAUCCUCGUGGACUUCCGGGCGGCGCCGCCCAGUUCCGAGUGA